UCCGAUGCCCUUGUCAACAGUAACACAGUAUACAGUCAUACGGAUUACGGAGCACUAACGCGAUAUAACUCCAAAGGCAGCCGUCACCGAGCGAGGCACGAGAUGUGCCCUCAACCCCCAGAACGACGAACAGCGACCUAACGAGCAUGCCGCGUUGAACUUCACGUCCAGCCCACCACCUUUUUACCCUAAUUUGACUUCCAGUCUCGCCUCUUCCUCUUAGACACAUAUACACCCGAAUUUCUCGGGUAUUUGAAUUUAUCACUGCAACUUGGAUGCACACACUUUGCCGGCAUUGGUGCCGAUUCUUACUUAAAAUGUCGUUGAUUAGCUGAUCGUGUGCUGGAACUCUGCGUUCGUUGAUUAUUGGAGUUUUUAGUUACUCGGGGGUAGGUCGGAGUUCGAAAUGGAGUCAUUAAUUGAGCUGUGCGAUUUGAUCGCGGACAAUCCAGCUCAAUUUCAGGAGAAACUGACGUGGUUGUGUCGCCGGUGUCCACCGCCGGAGGCACUGCUCGUGGGAUCUCCUAGAGUUUCUAGGCCACAGCUCAAUGCAGUCCUUGCGGUGGCUCGAUUCCUCUCCAAAUGCUCCAAUUGCGUAGACAAAUGGCCCAAAUCGCUCAUCCUAGCCUUUUAUCGCUCUAUUUUUUCUUCUUUCAACCCAUCCUUUUGGCCGCAAUCCCUUGGGAUCGACUCGAUUGCAUCAUUCUUUAAUGAUUUUUUGGGAUAUGUCUCAAAAGCCUCGAAUCUUUGCCCAGAUUUCGCUUCAGAUGUUUCGGGGUUCACAGGCGAGAUUGUGAUAGCUGCAAUAGGCAAUGUAAGUGGAGAUGUCAGAAUUUCUAAGGUGUUCUUGCAUGCCAUAUCUCUAAAUUUCCCUCCUACCAUUCCUUCUGACGCGGAUAGGUUAAUUUCCACUCUCCUUGAUCGGUUUGAGAUUUGCAUUCCAGGCUCUCCGAGAGAGCUCAUUUCGAACAACUCAGUAGCAACCUCAGCUCAGAGUUCACCUCUGAGUAUGGGCCAUGAGAGGUCGAGUCCUGGAAAUGAUAUGAGCAUUGCAUCUGGAUCAUCCAGUAGUUUAGUUACUAGGAUUGCAGAUGACGCAGGCAGCUCACAGUCACCCAAGGGUAUAGUGAUGAAUGGAAGUAGCGGUCCUUGGAGGACCAAUGUGGACUCACUGGCAGCAAAUAUGGGUUUUAAUGAUGGUGGUGGAGGCAGUGGUGCCUAUAGGCUAGCUAUUGCUGCUUUUGAGGAGGAGUCCUUAGAUAGCCUUGAGAAGCGAGAAAUAGCUUUCAAAUUGAUAGGACACAUAUUGGACAAAACACAAGUUGAUCUCAAACUUUUGGAGCAAGUGAGAAGUAUUGCUAGGGAGCAACUACUGUCAAUGGUGGCUUUUCUUAAGAUAAGGAAGCAUGACUGGUCAGAACAAGGUCAGUCUCUGAAAGUUAGGAUCAACACAAAGCUUUCAGUUUACCAAGCAGCUUCUAAGUUGCAGAUUAAAACAGUUGGUACCCUUGAUUCUGAUGGGAAGUCAUCAAAGCGAUUGUUGCAUGGAGCUCUUGCACUAUUGAUUGAGGCUGCUGAGGCAUGCUUGUUCUCAGUGUGGCGGAAGUUGAGAACUUGUGAAGAUCUGUUCAGCUCCUUGCUUGCUGGAAUUUCUCAAGCUGCUGCUGCUCGCAGUGGCCAACUGCUUCGCGUUUUGCUAAUUCGAUUUAAACCUCUUGUCUUGGCUACAUGUGCUCAGGCUGACACUUGGGCCAGCAGUCAAGGGGCCAUGUUUGAAAGUGUUUUGAAGACUAGUUCUGAGAUAAUUGAAUUUGGAUGGAAAAUAGAUCGAUCUCCUGUGGACACUUUCAUUAUGGGAUUAGCUACAAGUAUUCGGGAAAGAAAUGACUAUCGAGAAGAGCAAGAGAAGGAGAAACAGGCAGCUUCUGCUAUUCAGUUGAAUGCUAUAAGGUUACUAGCUGACCUGAAUGUCAAAGUUAACAAGGCUGAAGUGGUUGACAUGAUAUUGCCAUUGUUUAUUGAAAGUUUAGAAGAGGGUGAUGCUUUGGUGCCGGGAUUGCUAAGACUCCGACUUCUUGAUGCUGUUUCUCAUCUGGCAAGUUUAGGCUUUGAGAAGUCCUACCGUGAAGCUAUUGUUCUGAUGACUCGAAGUUACUUGAGUAAACUUUCUGAUAUUGGCUCAGCUGAAAGUAAAACCUUGGUUCCGGAAGCUACCACAGAACGCAUUGAGACACUUCCUGCUGGAUUUCUUCUGAUUGCCAGUAGACUCAGCAACCCUAAGUUGCGCUCAGAUUACCGUCACCGGCUGUUGUCAUUGUGUUCAGAUGUGGGCUUGGCUGCUGAGGCAAAAAGUGGAAGGAGUGGAGCAGAUUUUCUUGGGCCUCUACUUCCUGCUGUUGCCGAGAUAUGUUCAGAUUUUGAUCCCACUGUAGAUGUUGAACCCUCACUUCUAAAGUUAUUUAGAAAUUUGUGGUUUUAUGUUGCUCUCUUUGGGUUAGCUCCUCCGAUACAGAAAAAUCAAGGUGUGUCAAAGCCUAUUUCCACUACUCUAAACAGUGUUGGGAGCAUGGGAACAAUCGCACUUCAAGCAGUAAGCGGGCCAUAUAUGUGGAAUUCUCAGUGGUCUUCUGCUGUCCAGCGCAUCUCCCAGGGGACACCACCUCUUGUUGUGAGCUCUGUGAAAUGGCUCGAAGAUGAGUUGGAACUUAAUGCUCUUCAUAACCCAGGUAGCCGAAGGGGGAGUGGAAAUGAAAAAGCUGCUGUAAGUCAGAGGACUGCUCUUUCUGCUGCAUUAGGAGGACGCUUGGAGCUUUCUGCAAUGAGCACAAUUUCAGGUGUAAAGGCAACUUAUCUACUUGCGGUAGCGUUUUUAGAGAUCAUACGAUUCAGCAGCAAUGGUGGCAUCCUGAAUGUGGGCCCUGCUUCAACUGCUUCUUGUAGUGCUUUCAGUUGUGUCUUUGAAUACUUGAAAAGCCCUAAUCUUAUGCCAGCAGUUUCCCAGUGCUUGACAGCAAUCAUCUACAGGGCCUUUGAAACAGCAUUAGGCUGGAUGGAUGAUCGAACAUCUGAGACUGGGCAGAUUGCUGAGACUAGAGAAUCUACUCUGUCUGCCCAUGCUUGUUUUCUCAUUAAAAACUUGUCUCAGAGGGAUGAACAUGUUCGGGAUAUCUCAGUCAAUUUGUUGAAUCGACUUAAAGAUCGAUACCCUCAGAUUCUGUGGAACUCUUCUUGUCUGGAUUUGCUGCUAUUUUCUGCACAGAAUGAUCCUCCUGCAACUCUUGUCAGUGACCCUGCAUGGGUUGCAACCAUCCGUUCUUUGUACCAGAAGACUGUUCGGGAAUGGAUAAUUGUGUCACUAUCAUAUGCUCCUUGCACUACUCAGGGCCUUCUUCAGGAAAAGCUAUGCAAAGGAAACACCUGGCAAAAAACACAGCCAACUAAAGAUGUUGUUUCUCUUCUAUCUGAGAUUAAGAUUGGUACUGGUAAAAAUGAUUGUUGGACUGGCACAAAAACUGCAAAUAUUCCUGCUGUCAUGGCUGCAGCUGCUGCAGCAUCUGGAGGAAACUUAGCACUGACAGAGGCGUUUAAUUUGGAGGUGCUAAGUACUGGAAUGGUGAGUGCUACUGUAAAAUCUAACUAUGCUGGGGAGAUAGCUGGAAUGAGAAGGAUAUAUGAGGGCAUUGGUGGGCUUGAUUCUAAUCUCCUAACGAUAGGAAAUGGGCAUAAUCUUGAUCCUCCAACCUUUGGAUCUGCAGCUAUGGUUCGAGAUUCACCUCCCAAAACUUACUCUUUUUGUGAGUUAUUACUUAUGAGGUUUGUGCGUCUACUUCAGAAGUUUGUUAACAUAGCAGAGACAGGUGUAGAGGUAGAUAAAUCUUCAUUUCGUGAAACAUGUUCUCAAGCUACUGCUUUACUUCUUUCAGAUAUGGUAAAUGGUUCAGAUUCAAAAUCUAUUGAGAGCUUUGCACAGCUUCUUCGUCUCCUUUGCUGGUGCCCAGCUUACAUUUUAACCCCUGAUGCAAUGGAGACUGGUAUAUUUAUUUGGACAUGGUUGGUUUCAGCAGCUCCUCAUCUGGGUCCUCUUAUCCUUGCUGAACUCGUUGAUGCAUGGUUGUGGACGGUUGACACGAAAAGAGGUCUUUUUGCAUCUGAGACACGGUAUUCUGGGCCCGCUGCUAAGUUAAGGCCUCACCUGGCUCCUGGGGAGCCAGAAUUACCACCAGAAAAGGACCCUGUUGAACAGAUAAUGGCCCAGAGACUUUGGAUUGGAUUUUUUAUUGAUCGCUUUGAGGUGGUUCGCCAUAAUAGUAUUGAACAGCUUUUACUACUAGGUCGAUUGUUACAAGGAACCACAAAGCUCACUUGGAACUUUUCCCACCACCCAGCUGCUUCUGGAACCUUUUUCACCCUCAUGCUAUUAGGGCUAAAAUUUUGCUCUUGUAAGUCACAGGGUAGUCUACAGAACUUCAGGAGUGGGCUGCAGCUACUGGAAGACAGGAUUUACAGGGCUUCAUUGGGCUGGUUUUCCCAUCUACCUGAAUGGUAUGACAUGGGUAAUAACAAUUUUGCCUUGACUGAGGCUCACUCUGUUUCUGCAUUUGUUCAUCAUCUUUUGAAUGAGCCAGUGGAUACUCAACUUGAUAUGAAGGGACGGGGACCUGAAAAUGGAAGCUCUUUCAACAAUGUGAAAGACCAGUAUCACCCUGUAUGGGGCCAAAUUGAGAACUACAGUGUUGGAAGAGAGAAGCGGAAGCAGUUACUUCUGAUGCUAUGCCAGCAUGAGGCUGAUAGGCUUGAUGUUUGGGCACAACCAAUUGUUUCCAAAGAAAGCAUUUCACGGCCAAAAAUUAGCUCAGAGAAAUUGGUUGAAUAUGCUAAGACUGCCUUCUCUGUUGAUCCUCGGAUAGCUUUAUCGCUUGCAUCAAGGUUUCCCACAAAUAAUGCUCUCAAAGGUGAAGUGACCCAGUUGGUUCAGUCACACAUACUAGAGAUUCGCAGUGUACCUGAAGCUUUGCCGUACUUUGUUACUCCUAAGGCUGUUGAAGAAAAUUCAUCACUUUUGCAACAAUUGCCACACUGGGCUGCAUGUUCGAUCACAAUGGCUUUGGAGUUCCUUACACCACCAUUUAAGGGUCAUCCUCGCGUGAUGGCCUAUGUUCUAAGGGUGUUGGAAUCUUAUCCUCCAGAUCGUGUGACUUUCUUCAUGCCUCAGCUGGUGCAGGCUUUAAGAUAUGAUGAAGAGAGGUUGGUAGAAGGAUACUUACUUAGAGCUGCUCAUAGGAGUGAUGUAUUUGCCCAUAUUCUGAUAUGGCAUUUACAGGGAGAGACCUGUGCACCAGAAGCAGGGAAGGAUGCUUCUGUCAAGAACAACUCGUUUCAGACUCUCUUGCCUGUGGUUCGGCAACGUAUAAUUGAUGGCUUCAAUCCUAAAGCACUUGAUGUGUUUCAAAGAGAAUUUGAUUUCUUUGACAAGGUCACAUCUAUAUCGGGUGUUCUCUUUCCACUUCCAAAGGAGGAAAGACGAGCUGGAAUUCGUAGGGAACUAGAGAAAAUUCAGGUGCAAGGAAAUGACCUUUAUCUACCCACUGCUCCAACUAAACUUGUCAGAGGUAUUCAAGUUGAUAGUGGAAUUCCCUUACAAUCAGCUGCCAAGGUUCCUAUCAUGAUUACAUUUAACGUGGUGGAUCGAGAUGGGGAUGAAAAUGAUAUAAAGCCUCAGGCAUGCAUAUUCAAGGUUGGAGAUGAUUGUCGGCAAGAUGUUCUUGCUCUACAAGUCAUUUCACUUCUGAAGGAUAUAUUUGCAGCUGUUGGGCUUAACCUUUAUCUGUUUCCAUAUGGAGUUCUUCCAACUGGCCCAGAAAGAGGAAUAAUUGAGGUUGUACCUAACACCAGGAGCCGAAGUCAAAUGGGUGAGACAAAUGAUGGUGGUUUGUAUGAGAUUUUUCAACAGGACUAUGGACCUGUUGGUUCUCCCAGUUUUGAAGCUGCUCGCGAGAACUUCAUCAUUAGUAGUGCUGGUUAUGCAGUCGCUAGCCUUUUGCUUCAACCAAAGGAUAGACAUAAUGGGAACCUUCUAUUUGACAAUGUUGGUAGGCUUGUUCAUAUUGAUUUUGGUUUUAUCCUGGAGACAUCACCUGGUGGGAAUAUGCGAUUUGAGAGUGCUCACUUCAAGCUGAGUCAUGAGAUGACUCAACUAAUUGAUCCAUCCGGAGUAAUGAAAAGUGAGAGUUGGUAUCAGUUUGUGAGCUUGUGUGUGAAGGGUUAUCUUGCCGCUCGCCGCUACAUGGAUGAGAUUAUCAAUACAGUCUUAUUGAUGAUAGAUAGUGGGUUGCCUUGCUUCAGCAGGGGCGAUCCUAUAGGAAAUCUUCGUAAAAGAUUUCACCCUGAAAUGAGUGAGCGUGAGGCAGCCAUGUUUAUGAUUCGUACAUGCACCGAUGCAUAUAACAAAUGGACUACAGCCGGAUAUGAUUUGAUACAGUAUUUGCAGCAGGGUAUUGAAAAAUGAUGUAGUAAUUCUUUUUGUGAAGAAAUUACUUUGCUGUCUCCUUCCUAAGUUGUAUAUUUUGAUGGAUAGUAAGUUGUUAAAAACAUAGUCGUUUAUAAAGUACAACAGCUUCUUUCUUCUUUAUAUAUAUACAUUAGUUUUUCAUA